CCGAGCAAGACGCUUCCGGGAAGCACGCUUUGUUUAAACGUUAGUUAAACUGAAAUAACAGCUGUGAUAUCGAUAACUCAUUUUUAAAUUUGAACAAUUAUCAUUUUCUGUACCAUUAUCUUUUAUGGAAAGAGUCUCUUUAGGUACCAUUGUGAGAUUUACUUCUUGUUCUGCUACAUAACGUUUCGGUAGUCAUGCCUGCAUGGAAACUAAACAUGUAAUGAGCUCCUGGUUUGCAUCUCUUCUCCUGCGCUCUUCAUAUAUUUGCUUGCAGAAGCAAAGUAGGUUACCGUAGCAGCAGAAGCAUGGACGCGGUUCUGAGCAGGUUGAAAGGUCUGAGUGCCGACGAGCUGCGGGAGGAGAUCCUCAAAGCCAACCUGAAGUGUGGGCCCAUCACUGCCACCACAAGAGCCAUAUUUGAGCGCAAGCUGGCCCGGACUUUGGUGGAGAAUGCUGGAGUCACCGAACCUGACAGUAAUGGUGCCUCUGUGGGGACGGGCGAUUCCGGGAGUGUCAUGCCAGCCAAACAGCCACCCAGUGCCACGUCAGCAUCCCCGGAUCCGGAUUGCGAUUUUGGGUACGGUUUGGGUCUUAACCCCCCAGAGGAGGAGGGUCUGAUGGAGUCGAGUGGAAUGGUGUGUUCAUCUAAUGUGGAGAACUCAAUGUCUGAAGCACAGACUCCCUCGAAAACAGCACAGACGUCACCCACUUUUUUCUACGGUGUGUGUCCUUUAUGGGAGGAUGUCCUGGCUAGGAAUGAGCGAGCUCACGUAUAUACAGAUAAGAGAGAGGCUUUGCAGGCUGUUAAAAUGAUGAAGGGGGCUCGAUUUAAGGCUUUCUCCAACCGCGAGGACGCUGAGAAGUUUGCCAAAGGCAUCUGCGAUUACUACCCUUCACCUUGUAAAAGCACCCCGUGUGUUUCUCCCAUCAAGCCUGGCCUGGUGUUUGGUAAAGACCACACGUCUCUUGUAGAAUCUGACACGAUCAACAGGGAGAAAGCGAACAGUUUUAAGAGCCCUCGGACUCAAGAUUUGACGGCGAAGCUGAGGAAAGCUGUGGAGAAGGGAGAUGAGAUGGCCUUUUCUGAGCUGGUCUGGAGUAACCCUCGAUACCUCAUCGGGUCCGGAGACAACCCAAGUGUAGUCCAGGAGGGCUGCAGGUAUAAUGUGAUGCAUGUGGCCGCUAAGGAGAACCAGCCGGGCAUCGUCCAGCUUCUGUUGGACACUCUGGAGAAUCCGGAUUUCAUGCGGCUCAUGUACCCGGACGACCCGGACAGCAUGCUACAAAAACGUAUCCGAUAUAUUGUGGACCUGUAUCUCAAUACGCCAGACAAAGCUGGGUUCGAGACGCCCCUCCACUUUGCGUGUAAAUUUGGCUGCCCAGAUGUGGUAAAUAUACUCUGUUCUCAUCCUGACAUCGACAAAAACUGCAAGAACAAGUACAACCAGAAGCCUUCUGAGGUUGUUUGUGAAAGAAUGAGAGAAAAGGGUAAAUGUCAGGAGAUCAGGCAGAAGAUAAAUGAAUAUUUAGAAGAUCGAUUAUACAUCCCGUUAUUGAGAGCCACAGAUAACUCCUCCCAGCCUGUGAUUGGUGCUCCUUGGUCGCCUGAGCCAAUGGAAAACCUUUCACCAUGGUUACCCAGAAGCCCAAUGGAUCCUAUUAUGGCAGUAAGGGCCUUUGCUGGGCCUUUAAGUCCAUCUAAUGCUGAUGAGUUCAGACGGGCGUGGAAGACACCUCCGAGAGAACGAGCUGAUCAUUUCCACAACAUUUUAAAGUCAGACCCUGACCGCGGUGCAGAAAGAGUUGGCCGAGAUCUGGCCCAUGAGCUCGGUCACCCGUGGGCAGAAUACUGGGAUUUCCUGGAUAGUUUUGUCGAUCUGUCAUCUGCUGAAGGUCUUAAAGCACUUGAAGAGUAUCUCAGUAAAAAGGACUUCAGGGAGCGUGCUCACGAGGAGGCCGGAGAGAACGAAGCUAGCAACAGGUUUAAAACCCCAUCUCCAGGAAAACUCAAAAAGUUCUGUAACUCCAUCUCCGUUGGGGCAUUUCUGGAUGAGAGUGAUGACAUCAGUCUGGAAGAGAUCAAAAACAGGCAAAAUGCUGCUCUCACCAGCAUCUCUUCCGUCUGCUCAAAAGAUGGCCUGCAGGGGGCGGUAGGGGGAAUCGAGUUUCACAUCCUGCCCGUCUCUCACAACGCUGAUCUCAUAGAGGCGGCGGCGGAGCAGGAUCUUUUGCUCUCUGAGAAAUCUUUAAUUUCAAGCAGUAAAAAUGGCCUGUGCGAGCAUGGCCCCGGAGACGGGACUCCGAACGGGGACAAAAUGUCCCCUCGUAUCUGCGGUGCCUCCAAUUCCUGUAUGCUGUCACCCAUCUCAAACCUAAUGGCGGAGUUUGAGAGGAUGUCCCUGCACGACGAUCUAGACAGGACCAACAGGGAUAGGAGAAGAAGCGGGGGCAAACGUCACAGGGACGCCCAACCCACAGAACUCACGUCUGGGUUGGGCCGCCUCUCCUUGUCGUCUGAAGAUGACUCUGUGUUUGAAAAAGGCAGGAUGUCUCUUUUACGAGCAGUGGAGAAGGAUGGAGUGGAGACCAGAAAUGAGGAUGAUGCCAGGUCCAGUGCGAGUUCGGGAGAAUACUUUCUGGCCAGUGAGAGGCUAGAUUUUCUUAAGAAACGGAGCGUUGAGUCGCCUGGGGGUGAGCGAACUAUCUGCGCCAGAUCAAAGUCAUGGGAUCAUGGGGGGAGAGACCUCAGCUCUUCAGGAUCCUCCAGCUCAUAUAGAUCUCUAGAUAGUUCUCAGGACUUCAUAUUGAGGACUCCUCCCAGAGUGACGAAAAGACUUUAUAUCGAAGGAGAUUCGCCCACUAAGUUGGACCGAGAGGUUUUGUUGGCUUUAGGAACAACAGAUGUUGACCCUUCGAAGUAUCCUAUCAUUCACAAAUGGAAGAGCACAGUUCAGAUAUACUCUCAGUCAGAAAUGCAAAGCUGGCAGACUCCCGCUGUGUGCAAAAGUCAUUUCAGGGCUCACCCUGUAACCCCUGGCUCCCCGGCAAGCAGUUUGAUGUCCCCCACGAGCCGUUUUAGCCCAGCCCGUCACGUGGGCUCUCCGGACUUCUGCAGCCCCGGACGCUACAGCCCCGCCCAUUCAAACUAUAGCCCCGUAAGCUACAUCCAACGCAUCCGCCUCAAACAUUACGGCGACGCCCCCAUUUAACAAACACUCCCCAUUGUGUCCAACCUCACCCUGAAUUUCCACCAACUAGUAACUGCCUAAAAUAACAAACAUAACCAAGUACAGUGUUGCCUGUUGAAAGGAUGCAAUGCAGCAGAGGUCAAAGAUGUCAUGAUGGAAGCUGGAGAGACAUUCGGAUCGGCUCAUACUGGGCUCCUGUGCUGGUACGAUUUCACAACAGGCUGUCUUUCAGUUUGCUUCAGGUUCUAGUGUAGAACACAACUAUAUGCACAUCCCCCAGGGGUUCCUGAAUCAUGACGUGUAUAUUCAGUUCUCCUGUGAUGGUCAUAUAGACUUUUUCUAAUCUAAUCUUUGUUUUCUAGUUUCUUUCUUAUCUAUGUGUGUAUGUAUGCUUGGGAGAUUUAUCUGUGGAUUUAAUGGAAACUAAAUUGGGCAAAAUAAAUGAACACAGUAACCCAGAGCUAAAUGAAUAAUUUAGAAGUAUAUUGUUGAAUUUCUUUUGUUAGUUAUUUGUCAGUAGCACAACAAAUACUCAUUAUUAAUGGGUAUUUCAUUGUUUUUAAGUAAAAAGGGUCAAUAGUCUGCCAUAUGAUGUUUUAUUCUUUAAUUGGGAAACUGCCUUAAAUUUCUAAAAAGAAGACCAAGUGAGCAAGUGUUCAUUUAUGCAUUGUUAAUAGCAGCCUUAUAUGUUGGGGGUAAAAUAUAAGAGAUCUAUAAAGAAAGGAAUGUGAAAUAUUCCCCUUUUUAUUUGUUAAAUUCAAUAAAUGUGGUAAUUUCUCAUUACAUAUUUGUUUUGCACUUUUAAUUCACUUUUAUGUAUUUUGAUGCUGUUCAUUUUGACCAGCAGAUGAGAAAUGGUUGGUUGAAAAGUAUAGUGUAUGGUGAGCUGUGCCACAUUUAAACACACAAAGUGAUUGGUAAUGUGGAUGGUGAGUUGGUUCUGACUUGUGUAAAUGUCACAAUAGCUGUAAGACAUCCACGAUUGUGGAUCCUGAGUGUUGUAAGUGCACCGUAAAGUGUUCUAAAGACCGUCUUUCAUCCCAUAACUAAUGUCUGAUAUUUCAAUUUCACAGCUAAAUCAUGUCAUUUUCUUUAUUUGCUUUUUUGAAGAUUAAUUUAACAAACUGGAAUCAAAGUUACAUGUGAGUUUUAGAAAUUAGACCGUUGUGUAGGUGUUCCACAUCCAUCAUUACUUCAACAUUGAAUUUGUUUCUCAGUGUCGUGCUGGCCUGUUGAUCUUUGCUUUGUAAAGCUUUAGUGCCUUUGAUAAUGGUCUGGUUGGAAGGGCCCGUGGCUCGAGGUGUCAAACAUGCUCCGGACACACACACAAGCUAAAUAGACGUUUUCCUAGUAUCAACUGCAAAACUCAGUACAGUAGCAUUGGCAUAUGCAGUGUCUGAAUACCUCUUAAACAAGAUUGUAAGAGAAACGGUUUACAGUUUCAUUCUUGCUAGUGUUGUAUCAAUGCCAGCCUUACUUUUUGUUACAUAAUGCUUUGUAGUGCCAACACUGGUGUACUGAAAAUGAGUUGCUGUUUAUUGUUAACAACUGAAUUAUUUUGUUUUUCCUGGCUUAGUUGCAUGCGAUUUAAGUCCUAUUUUAUUACGGUAUAUGUCAAAGGAGAGUAUUUGAUGUUCUAUUGACGAACAAAUAAAUAAAGUGCACAGUC